AGUACUGUAAUCAGUGGUGCUAUGGCUCAUUUCAAGGGCGCAACUUCCUCUUCAUUCUCUCAACCCCAAUUCCACUCUUUCACUUUCCCUCUGUUUUCCCGGCCUUCUACUUCAACCAUGCCACCUUCUGAUAUUCCAACUUUGAUCACCUUUCUCCCUAUCCCAGAAAACCCAGUCGGUUCCGAACUCAAACCCUCGAAAACCCCACUCUUUGAUCACGAAAGCAUUAAGAACGUUCCUAUUUCCUUGGAGUUGUCUCUUUCCUCUGAUUCUGGGUCCACGUCCAAGAAAAGGCCUCGCAUUGCUGAAAGACCUCAGGAGAGAAAAAAAGCCAAGAUGACUGAUCUGUGCCUGGGUCUUGACGCAUGGAGCAUCAAGAAGACACUUGGGAGCAGCGACAUCGGUCAUGCUUCCAGGCUUAUUGUGGCAUCAGAAGAUGUUCACAAGCACAUUCUUCCGUAUUGGGAUGUCAGUGUUUGCGGACACCUGAUGAAUAACGGUAGCGUGAGCGUGUGCGUGCGGGAUUUGGACACCGAAUCUGAAAUCGAGUUGAGGUUCAAGCGAUGGUUGAGUAGCGGGUGCUAUGUGCUCAACAAGAACUGGGUUACGGGGUUUGUCAAGAGAAGAGAACUGAAGCAGGGAGAUGAAAUCGGACUGUUUUGGGAUAAGGGCAAUUCAAGGUUCAACUUCAGCGUUCUCAAACGGGCCUAGGAUUCUCAAACAACAACAUUGGCAAUUGCUCCAAUUUUGACACGAGCUAGAUAUAGCUAGCUAGAAAAUUACUUAAUUGAUCAUAUCUAAUGAUCAUUCUCUUUGUAGUAAGAAUUAAAAUAGUUUAAUAAUAACUUUUUUAAUAAAAAUAGAAGGUAUUA